AUGGAGUCGUUGCGGACGUCCAAGAGCAUCGCGCAGAGCGAGCUGCAGCAGCUCAAGGAGACGCUUCGGCGGCUGAGCGCGGCCGACGACCCGACGACGAACCUCAAGCUGAGCUCGCUUGUGACACCGGCAACGCUCACGCCGACGACGCCCAAGGCUACGCUACGCCAUGCGCCAACGACGCCGACAGGCGCGUCCAACAGCAAGGCCGUGCUCUCGGCGCUCAAGGCGCUCCAAGACAAGAUUCGCCGCGUCGAGGACGAGCGCGCGACCUUGGAGGACGAGUGCGCGAAUCUCCGCGCACAGCUACGGCUCAACGAAGGCCAACACGUGGCAGCAGCCAAGAAGACCGCGUACGAGCUCGAGCAGGUCAAGGACGCUGCGCGCGCUGCGUACGAAGCUUUGCGCGCGGAGCGGGACGCGCUGCAGUCCGACGUCAUACAGGCGCAGCACGACCACGCGAUCACAAAGAACGAGCUCGAGCACGUGCAAGACAUGCUGGCGUCGUACAAGGAGAAGCACGAGGCGCUGAUGGAGCAAAACGCGAUGCAAGAUGCGCACGUACUACGCCUACAAACCGAAGUCGCCGAGAUGUCAUCGACGUCCAAGACCCGCGUCCACGAGCUCCAAGAGACGCUCAUGGAAGCCACGCGCAGCAACAAGGAGGCCAUGCGUCAGAUUGCGAUCCUCGAGGACCACGUCCAGCGUACAACAACGCACAAUACGACCUUAGAAGGUCGCGCCCAGGAGGCCGAGCGCACGAUCGCCCAAGUCUCGCAGCUCAACGAAAAGCUCGUCGUACGCAUGUGGGAAGCGCAAGCCAAGGCCAAGGUCAAGCCCAAAGCCCCUAAACCGCCCCCGCCACCGGCUGUGAACCGGUCGACGGCGGCAAGUCGAGCAUCGGCCGUGGCCGCGAGUUACCGGGGGAUGUGCGCAGGCACUGUUAAUGGCACCAAAGGCGCAUCAGCAGUCACUGGCGGUCGUCUGCCAGCGCCGACAACAGCGCGAACACCGCCACCGCCCCGGAAAAAGAGUGUGAAAAAGCUCAAGUCGACCAAAGCCAAGACCAAUUUAGAGCGCUUGGAAGAAGCCAACAUGGCCAAGGUGCCAUUUCUUCUGGGCACGGCGACGACUCCGUCGUUCUCGGUCAUUGGAACAGCACAAGAGGCGCUCCGGGCGUCCGAACUCUACUCGGCCGUCGCGCCCGACGUCCACCGGCAACCAAGUCUCGACGCUGUCUCGCCACCGCCCCCGCCUGCCGCCACCGACCGUGCAAAGGGCCCUCCCACUUACAAGACGGGUGCACCCACGGAGCUUGAGAUUGACGAGCCACCCGUGAGCAAAGUGGCGUUUUUGAACUCCAUGUCCAAGGCCAUUGCCAGCGUCCAGGAUGAAUUCACGCAACUGAACGAGCGCUACCAAGCCAUCAUGGGCAGCCUCGACAAGUCUCCGGACGCGACCAAGCGCAUGGAAGAAACCAUCGAUGCGCUCGAAGCCAAAGGCGAGCAGCUCGCGCUUCUGCGGCAGCUCCACGCGCAGGCCGCCAAGAAUGCACUGUCAAGUACAACACGGCGUGUGGUACAUAGCCCGGAUGCCGCCAGGAAGAAGACGAAAGCGCUCCGCGUGCUUCACGAGUAUCGGGAGCUGGACCGCCACAUGAAGGAGCGCACGGCCGACGGCUAG